GAGAAUGAAAAGGAUGGGAGCAUAGAGAGCAUACAUGUUCGUUCUUUGUUCAUCAAAACAAACAUGUCGUUCUCAACCACCUUUGCUACUCCCAAUCAGCUUCACCACCUCCAAAGCUAGGGUUAUUCUUUUUCUUUUCUUUCUACUUUUAAUUUUCUUGACUUCUCAUCUCAUCAGAUAUGUAUUCAUCACCAAAUAGUAGUAACACUAUUCAUCACUUCAUCAAUGGCAACGACGACCAAGUCUCCCCCUACCCUAAUAACCAACCAUUAUUAUUUCCCUCUUCUUCGUCUUCUUCUAAUGUUAGGCCUUUUUCAAUUGAAAGCAGCCCUUCUUCAAAAGAAGAACAAGCCAAUAAUAAUAAUAAUUGUGCUUCUACUCUUCCUCCUUCUCUUCCUCUUUCUCCUCCUCCCACUCCUUCUUUUUCUUUCUUUCAGUUCCCUUACUCUCCAUUAUUUGAAGACAAUGAGAUUUUCCUUAACGGAGAAUUUCACUUUCUUCAUCACCAGUCUCUGGCACAGUCUGAUCACAACGAUCAGGCAGGAGUAGUAAACAUGGAGGUUUCAAUCACCAACACUAACAAGAACUCAUCAGGGCAAGGCAUGACCAUCACCACCGCUGCCGCCACCACCACCACCGCUCCUGUGGCUACAACCACCACCACAAGAAGAAGAUCAAGCAAGAGGGACCGGCACAGCAAGAUCAACACUGCUAGGGGACUAAGGGACAGAAGAAUGAGAUUGUCCCUUGAAGUUGCUAGAAGAUUCUUCGGUCUUCAAGAUAUGCUUGGAUUCGACAAAGCAAGCAAGACCGUUGAGUGGCUGCUCAACCAAGCGAAAGUGGAGAUCAAACAACUCGCAAGGGAGAAGAAGAAGAAUCACCAAAGCUGUAGCAGCUUCAAUGGCAAAAGCGCCUCUUCAACUUCUGAGUGCGAAGGGGUUUCGAGCUUGGACGAAGUGGCCAUAAGCGAAAAUCAAGGACAUAAUGGAAAACUAUUACCCACACCAACAACUACCACGAAGACGAAGAAGCGAAGGGGUAGUAACAAAGUUUCAAGGAAAAGCUCUUUCAAUCCAAUUGGUAAAGAAUCGAGGGAAAAGGCAAGGGAAAGGGCCCGGGAAAGAACAAGAGAGAAGACCAGGUUGAAGAAGCUUGCUCAUCAAGAAUCAACGGCAAAUAAUAAUGAUCAAAAUAACAAUAAUAAUGAUAAUGAUAAUAAUAAGCAAUGCAACAACAACAAUGAUGAUGUGGCAACAAGUGUUAUUGGAUUGAAUCGAUUGAGUACAUGGAACCCCUUUGAGAAUGUUGAAGAAUCUGCAGGUACUAAUAAUAACGAUAGUAAUCACCAUAGUCAAGGCUUGAAUCCUCCUUCUUCCCUUACUCAAGCAGAAGCAGAAGAACCAAGUUCUUCGGCGAAGGAUCACCACCGGCCUUUGGAAGCUGCUGCGGAGGACAUGGUGCAUCAUGAAGAAGAAUCUCUUGUGAUUAUGAGCAAAUGGAGUCCAACAAUGAUCUUCAAUUCUCUCGUCAAUAACUCCUCAAUCUUUCAAGAACAUCAUCAAUUUGCAGAAUUUCAGUCCAUGGGAAAAUCCUGGGAGACCUACAACAAUUACGCGUAAUAAUCUUUUUAUGAUCUAUGUUGCUGCAAAAUUAUGAACUGUGCACUACCCAUCAAAGUUUUUUGUGUGUCAGCGGAAUAAUAAAAUCAACACAAGCAAGUAUGUA